ACGACUGAAUUGUUGCGGUUAGCCAGUAUCAAUUUCAAACUACUUGUUCUCCUGAAAGCUCCCUUUUAUCUUUAUUAUCAAACUAUUAUUCUAGCCAUAAUUUACUUCAAGUACAAGCAUUUGUAUAAUCAAAAUCUGAUAAUCAUUCUGUUUUGAUGUCCUCCCAAGGCCCUGACUCAGGUUGAAGGUUUGGUUUGGAUCAUUUUCUGAUUCAUGGAGGAUUCAUCAUUACUUCCACCAGAGAUUAUUAAAAAGAAGCUUAGUGGACAACAAAAGAAAGAGGAACUUGAAAGAGAGGUUUCAGUGCUUCACAAAAUGCUGGCUCAUGAACAAAAGGUGCACGAAUUUCUCCAGCAACUUCAAAAUCGACAGGAUGGUUCUUCUCUCAGCAUCCCAAACUACUUACCACCAAAAGUGAAAGAGCUAUUGGCCGAGCUAGCUAUGGUUGAAAAUGAGAUUGUGCGAUUGGAAAGCCAAAUCAGCCAGCUUCAAUCUGAGGUGAAAAAUGAAAAGGAAUCGAAUUCCAAGCAAUGGCAGCAGAAUGGAACUCCAAAAAAUAACAAUGAAAACACAAGCAGGCAUCGUUCCAACGAGAAAACCAUGUUUGAGGCCAAGGGGCUACAUUUUAUUAGCAAGGCUAUAAAAGGAGAUUACAAUCUCAGUGACUUCAGAAUAAAUGAUAAAGGGACGAAUCCAAAAGGUUUGUCUGAUCAUAAGGAAAAUAAUUUUCACGAUGAAAUUGGAAUAUUUCGUGAAAAGGUUUCAAAGAGAAGUGGGAUGCUUAAAGCUGCCUCUCCAUUUCGAGACAUGAGGCAUCCAACCCCAAGAAAAGACCGUAACCUUGAAAUUCCUGCGGAUAUCCUGCAAAAAGUUAUGUCAACUCCAAUUCAUUCAGAAGAACAAAGCAUUCACAAGUGGCCACCAAACAAGUUAUCUGAGAACAUCAUGAAGUGUUUGAUCUUCAUUUUUGUAAGGCUACUUCGAACGUCAAGAGCAAUGGAAUUAGAGAAAUCAGGCCAAAUAGCCCGGUCUACAAACUUUUCUCUAAGUUUUCGUGCUGAGACAAGCUUAAAUUCAAAAACAAGCCUCAUGUUUCAGAAAGACUCUAGACAGCAAGAUCCCUAUGGAAUUUUUGAUUCUGAAGAGUCUAUUACAAGGGAUAUUGGCCCCUAUAAAAACUUGGUUAGAUUCACAUCGAGUUCUAUGGAUCCAAAAUGCAUCCAAAACUCGAACUCGGUACCUUUAUUUCAGAAGUUAAAGGUGUUAAUGAAUGGUCUUCAGAAGGUGGACUUGAGAUUCUUGAGUCAUCAACAGAAGCUGGCUUUCUGGAUCAACAUGUACAAUGCUUCUAUCAUGCAUGGGUUCCUUCAAUAUGGGAUUCCUUCUAGUUCUACACCUGAGAAGUUGUUUAAACUUAUCCACAAGGCAACUCUGAAUAUUGCUGGUAACAUAAUAAAUGCUCAGGCAAUUGAACAUUUUAUCCUGAGAAAACUUGAGCCUUCACUGCUUAAACAGAUUACUGGGAAGGGAGAAAAGGAUAACAAAGAGGCUAUAGUUGGUGAACUUUAUGGACUUCAGUCACCAGAUCCAAAUGUCAUCUUUGCCCUGUGCUGCGGUACACGUUCUUCACCAGCAGUAAAAAUAUAUACAGCAGAGGGUGUCGUAGGUGAAUUGGAAAGAUCAAAGCUGGAGUACCUGCAAGCUUCAAUAGUUGUGACAAGCACAAAAAGAAUAGCACUCCCUGAACUGCUGCUUGGGAACAUGCAGGAUUUCUCCAGAGACGUCGACUCAUUGAUGGAAUGGGUGUGCGAGCAGUUACCUACCUCGGGAUCUUUGAGGAAAUCAAUUGUGGAUUGUUUUCGGGGACUUCAUGGUGGCAAAGCAUCUGGCAUUGUUGAGAAGAUACCUUAUGAAUAUGAGUUCCAGUACUUGUUGACCAUGUGAAGUUAAGACUAUAAUUUUGUUGCAAAUAUGUAGCAUAAAAAUGCUAUGUAGGCAUAGACUGAUCAAAUAAUGAUGAUGAUUAUUAUGUUGUGCAUGCAAAAGCAACUAUCUUAUGAACAUAUAGGGGUAAAUUCUGAUGGCGUAUAGAAAUAGAAUUGAAACAGGGUAUAUUUUUUUAACUACUUGUCAUUGAUUGUAACACAUAAAUGUUGAAUAAAUGAAACAAAUCAUUCAAACA